CUAUCGAAACGUAAACAUACAAGAUCAAAACGCCAAGCAGACCCAUAAGCCUUUCUUCACUCUAUAAGGGAUUUGUUUGCUCGCAGCUGACGCAUCUUCUGGCGCAUUUCGUACCGCAAUCGAUCACGUACUGUUAGCUCAGACCCCGACAGCCACCUGUGGUACGUAUCUCGACAAUGCCAAGCCGGAGAUUCAUUCGAAUACUGGGCCACAAAGUUUCCUUAAAAAGCAUUAAUCUACUCUACACCUAAACCAUUGUAUGCGCAAUUGUGGGGUGGUCCUGCAAGUGACUGAAUUCAUUAACAAUGUUACUGACGAGUUGAUGCGUUUUUCGAACCUCGGAAGCGGGCCUACUCGAGAUGAUGUGCGCAAGACCUAUCUUCGGGAUCUUUGUCUCACCUUUAGCGUCCUCCGCCCACAGAUGGAGAUACUGUCAGACGUACCAUUCCUCCUGAAAGAGAAUGACCACAUGACGAGAUCGCGAUACCCGGUUCUACCGGGCCCCAAUCUUUUGACCUCGGCCGCGGCUGUGGGAAAGUUCGAAGCUCUCCAUCAUUUCAUAGCGCAAGGGGCAGACCCUCUAGGGUACACUGCCGGCAUAAUCACUACUCCGAUCAAGGCAGCUGCAGUGUGCGGCCACACCCCGAUGGUUUGCAAGCUUGUAGAGAUUGCCCGGCUGGAUUUCCAUACCCUAGAAGAGAGGGAACGUGACUGGAUUCUCUUCACGUUCGAGACGGCUCAGUGUCAUGCUAUCAAAGCUGGAGAUGCAGAAUCUCUACGACUGUUACUAGAGUUUUUUGUCGCCCACCGUAAUACGAGCAUUCCGAAGAUGUGGCCAAAGAUGAUUUCUGAAGCCGCAAAGAACGGCAAAACCGAGACUCUCGUAACCCUGUUGAAAGACAUUAUACCAAAAAGCACUGAACGGGGCCACCAGAGCGAUUUACAGGAAACAUGGAAAGAAUCUUGCAAGGCUGGGCAUGCCGAGCUGGUACGCCGACUACUUGGUGACGAAUUUGCGCUUGUCAAGCGGGAUCCGAUAAUCCAAAAGGUUUCGCUGGAAGCAGCUCGUUUUGGACAUGGAGGCUUAGUCGAACUUCUCAAAGGUUACGGCGCACACAUCGAAUCACAACAUCUCGUCCAAGCAAUAACAGCCUUCCCGGAUUGA